AUGAGCGCCUUACAACAAGUAGAACUGAAUAUCACCUCUCGCGAUGGGCUGAACUCUCUGGCCUUGGACCCUGCGUCCCACUCAGAGCCGCUGCAGUUCAACAGGUCACUGAGCGAUUGUCCUGCUUUAGAGAGCGGAGCAGAGAGCAGCAACAAGAGGAAGAGGACCACCCUGCCCACAGCAGAAGUGAUCCACAAGAUGAGCAUGGACUCCAGCUCGAUGCCGAUGCCCAUGUCGGAGCCUGGAGCCUGGGCCACGGCCAUGAACAACCUGGGGAUGUCUCCACUGGGGCUGAGCGCACAGACACUAGUGCCAGACUUCGAGCCAAACUUGGGAAUGAUGCCGGAGUUCAGCCCCAUGAAUCCACUAAUGCCGGGUUUGGGUUUGAUCCCGGAUAUCCCGGUCGUCAAGGAGAUCAUCCACUGCAAGAGCUGCACGCUGUUCCCUCCCAACCCCAACCUCCCUCCUCCGGCCAUCAGGGAUCGCCCUCCCGGGUGUAAGACUGUGUUUGUGGGCGGUUUACCAGAGAACUCUACUGAGCAGACCGUGGAGGAUGUCUUUGGUCCAUGUGGACCCAUCAUCGCCAUCCGCAAAAGCAAGAAAAACUUCUGCCACAUUCGCUUUGCCGAGGAGUACACCGUGGACAAGGCGCUGUACUUGUCUGGUUACCGCAUCCGCCUAGGCUCCAGCACCGACAAGAAGGACAGCGGGCGUCUCCAUGUGGACUUUGCUCAGGCCAGAGACGACUUGUACGAGUGGGAAUGUUUUCAGCGGAUGUUGGCACGGGAGGAGCGCCACCGACGCAAGGUAGAAGAGGACCGGAUGAGACCGCCUUCCCCUCCUCCCAUCGUCCACUAUUCAGACCACGAGUGCAGCCUGCUGGGGGACAAGAUCAAAGCCUUCAUCAUCACCAAGAAAGGAGGUCCAGAAUUGGCUGGGCUUUCCUGA